AUGGGUAUCCGUUUUCCCUCCAUGGUUCAAGCCAAGAAGAUUCUUAAACUAAAGUCACUUCUUUAUAGAAAUUGGGCAGAGGUCCCUAAAGGUCAUUUUGCAGUUUAUGUUGGGGAAGUCGAGAAGAACCGCUAUGCGGUUCCAAUAUCUUACUUGGACCACCCCUCAUUCAGAUCCUUGCUGUGUCGGGCAAAGGAAGAAUUUGGUUUCAAUCAUCCAAUGGGUGGUCUCACCAUUCCAUGCAAGGAAAAAGCUUUCCUUGAUCUCACUUCUCAACUAGAGGCAUCUUCAAAGAACAUCAUGGGUAUCCGUUUGCCCUCCAUGGUUCAGGCCAAGCAGAUUCUCAAACUACAGUCGCUUCAUUGCAGAAAUCGGACAGAGGUCCCAAAAGGCCAUUUUGCAGUGUAUGUAGGAGAAGUUCAGAAGAAACGUUAUGUUGUUCCAAUUUCUUACUUGAACCACCCCUCAUUCAGAUCCUUGCUAUGUCAGGCUGAGGAAGAAUUUGGCUUCACCCAUCCAAUGGGUGGUCUCACAAUUCCAUGCAAGGAAGAUGCUUUCCUUGAUCUCACUUCUCAACUAAAUGCAUCAUAAGAGAAGGAAGAGCAAAGGGUUAGCAAAAUAGUUAGCCUCCUAAGUUUAUUUUCUCCAAUUUUGAUCCAUGUGGAUUAUAUCUGAUGUAUAUAAACUGACAGAACAAUAAGAAAAUAAUCUUCCAGCAGUAUUAUGCUUUCUCCAAUGUUUUCCAAAUUGCAGAAACUCAAAUGGUUAUGUUGUUCUAACACUGAAA